GUUGAGCAGUUCAAGCAGUCAAUAGAAGCCAGUGAUCAGCACUAUCAGCAGGGACCCCCAGUCAUGAUGGGUAAUCAGAAGGUCUUGAUCAUUUGGGUGUGGAUGUUACUGUGGGUGUCGUUGUAUCCUUGGGCCCACUGCAAGCGUGGAAGAGGUUUUGGUGGCAGGAGCAAGGGAGUGGGUGUGCCAUUCAAAGCGCCUCCAUCCCAGAGCAAAGGCAGGCAGGGCGUGAAGCUGGCAGGUGCUGCAGCCGCGGGGGCUCUCGGUGGAGCGGCCAUCGGCUAUGGGCUGGGCUCUCUGGGCAGACCGAGAUAUGGCUACGGCCACGAUGGCUCCUCAGAGGAGAACAGGCGCUAUUACCCAGAUGGACAAGGAUACUACAACCGCUCGGACGGGAGGUAUUACAGGAACGCAGGCAGCUCAGAACACAUGACCAACGUCCUCGUAAUACUUGGAACAGUCGCACACAUCUUUAUGUGGGGAUGAGUUACAGGGUUUGAGGCAUUUCUUGUCACAGAGAGACAAGAUGCAGAAAGAGUUCAUUUUAAACAGAGGAUGCAAUCAUUUCAAUUGAUAAAGUGUUUGAUAUACUUGGAGAAAUAUGAAAUUUGAGAAAGUUAUGACAUUAGACCACACACACACUACAAAAGUAAAACUUAAAAGUAAUUAAAUUCAGCUUUGGCAUCAGGAAUAAAUUAAAUGUUUAAAUAUACAUGUAAUACAAUGUAAUAUUAUUUUAAAAUAUCUAUAAAAAAAAUGUAAUCACUUUGGAUUUUAAUUUAGGAUUUUAUUUAUUUUGGACAAACAGUCAAAUGUCAUUUCAUACAACUGAAACAGCUUUAAUUUAAGGGCUAAUAUUUGCAUUCUCUGAAAAUAUUUGAUGCAAACUCUGUAACCUGAAAUGUCAUGGGAUGGACAUAAUAAAAAAUAACAGAAGUGCUUUUGCUGUUCCUUUCAUUCGGGUGAUAUCAUUUAAUACUAUUCUGUUGAUUUUCAGGGUUUGAUGUAUAUUUUGGCAGGCAUUUUAAACCAUGUCACUGUUUUCAAAGUGUAAAUGAAUAAAUAUUUGACUCUG